UACUUAAAUGCGACAGAAGGCCCAAUCAUGACACCGAGCAACCAGCGCCGUAUUGAACGACGAGCCAACUCAAAAGAAGAUCAAAAGAUCAAACAAUGCAACUUUUUUUUUCUCCAAAUACUUUGAAGUGCAUCACAAACCCGGUUAUUCCAGUCAUUGAAUUACUCCACGCCUCCACCAUAUAAAUGAAUAGGAACGAGGAACUUGAAGGAGAUGAUUAGACAGACAGACAGACAGAUAGGCUAAGAGAAAGACAUCAUGGACCUUGGUAUGCUGCUCCUGCUGCUACUCAGCAGUGCCGUCUGCCACAGCGCGGAAUCGACGUAUUAUGGCGGGACUGUGCGCUGUACAGUACCGGGAUACAUGCCCCCAGACUCGAAAUGGACAGGGGAGGUACAAUUCCACUACCGUGAGAAUGGCCGGGACAGGUGUGAACAGCAGUUCUCCUGGGAGUGCACCAGCGGCUACUGUAAUGGCAGUGCCAACCGACAAGGACCUGUCGUGCAGACCACCGACAAGGACCAGUCCGGCCAAAACCUCUGGUGCCAGUCGGAGGGACACUUCACUAGAAACUUCACUAGGGACCAGAAAACCCAAUCCUACACCCUGAGUGACUCAGGUUGCUGUUGGGGCUCCAAUGUCAAUGGAAAGACCAACUGGACAAUACACACCGAGGUGGAUUUGGGGUUACGGGUCAGCCCGGGGCCUCCAACCCAAAACACACCUCCUGUCACGGCAACUGUCCCAACCCUGCGAGUUCCUCAGAACUGCUUUUCCACUCUUCCUCUCUUGGCCUAUGACCCGGAUGGAGAUGACGUGAGGUGCCACUUCCCUGUGAACGUCGCACACCCCAACAUUACACUUGACAGGGUCCAGUGCACUCUGCAUGCCACGGGCCGGUUGGCUGUAGGGUUGCAUGUAUUUGAGGUGCUGCUGCAGGACCACCCCACUGUAGACGUCAACAUGACGGGAUAUAAAUCAAAUUAUACCAGAAAGGCCCUGAACGAGUCCUAUGCCAAUAACCCGACUCCGACCCCGUUCAGCCGCGUGCCCUUGCAGUUUGCCGUGGAGAUCCAGCCAGCUCUAUCCAACUGUCUCCCUGGCUACAUACGACCACAGUUCUUGACUCCAACACCUUCACAUGGGGAUGUCCAUCAUGCCGCUGUGGGUCACCUGUACCAACUGGAAGCCCGAGUAAAAACCGCCCAUGCCAAGACAUUUGACUUCCAGGUCAGCGGCCCUUCCAACAUGACCAAGAAGAUCAGGGAUGAGGGCUUUGGUGUCACGAGGCUCUUCCUGGGCUGGAUCCCGCAGGAAAGACACCUGAGACAAAACAUUCCCAUCUGUUUCACUGCCGAGACAAACGAGAGCCAGUCAGAGAUGAGAUGUGUGGUUGUGGUGGUGGCCAAAGCCCUCGCACUUACAGGUGAGGCGAAUGUUUUGUGCACAGAGAAUAGGAUCAGCAUCGCCGUGAGCAAGGCCUAUCUGCCCGGGGUGGACAUGAAGUGGCUGCGGCUAGCCGACUCAUCCUGCUCCCUAACCUCCAACCAAACACACAUCAUGGGCACCAUGUCACUCAAAACCUGUGGCACAAAGAUGGAGGAUGCAGGUGACUUCAUGGUGUUCAAAAACGAAAUAAACUCCUUCGACGCGGUCAACGCGACCAUCACGCGACGUAACCGGAUCAACAUCGGCUUCUCCUGCCGGUAUCCCAAGACCGUCAGCAUUUCCAACUAUUACCAGAUCCACAGCUCCAACUACAUGUUCACAGAGUCCAACUUUGGUAGCUUCGGCUACACCUUUGAGGUCUUCAAGGACAGUAAGUUCACCCAGAAGGUGGAUCCCAGUGCUUACCCAGUGAAGGUGAAGCUAAUGGACAGGCUGUACAUGGGCAUCCAGGCCCAGGCCGAUCUGCCCAAGGUACAGCUGUUGGUGGAGUCUUGCAAAGCCACUCCGGAUGACGGCGUCAGCAGCAGUCUCUUCUAUGACCUCAUCAAAGACGGGUGUCUAAAGGACGAGACAGUCAAGGUUUAUCCCGGGAACCGAACCCAGUUCUACUUUGAGGUCCAGGCCUUCAAAUUCACUGGGAGCUACGACCAGGUGUUCCUCACCUGUACCGUCAUCCUGUGUGAGGUAGGAAACCCCAACUCUAGGUGUGACCAGGGCUGCCUGAACAAAGCCUCGCGGAGGCGCAGGCGAGAUCUCCCCAACGGAGAGACAGACAGGCACUACAUUACCCAGGGUCCUUUCCGUGUGGUCAGAGAGACCCAGCCCAGUGCAGACCAGAAGACAGGUGCAGGUGAAAAGACCGGUGCAGCUCCUGUUGUAGAUGUGGAAGCUACAUAUUUUCUCAGAUCGGACAUGGGAACCAUAGUCUUCGCCGGGCUGUUCAUCAUGACCUUGAUUCUGCUGACAGUGGUCGUGGUCUAUGUUUUGAAGAAGAGCAGAGCUGAAGAACACGAGGCUCUCAUUGGAUAUGAUUAGAGAAAUGUAACUGGAUUUGUGCCUGACCAGGGUCACUUCUGGUUUACCAAAAGUAAAGCACACCUUUCUUUUAGUUUUACUUUAAACAACAAAUUAACACUAUUUUACAUACUGAAUACGGUAACAUUAACUACACAAAUGAACACUAGUUUACAUACUGAAUACGGUAACAUUAACUACACAAAUGAACACUAGUUUACAUACUGAAUAGGUAACAUUAACUACACAAAUUAACACUAUUUUACAUACUGAAUACGAUAACAUUAACUACACAAAUUAACACUAGUUUACAUACUGAAUACGGUAACAUUAACUACACAAAUGAACACUAGUUUACAUACUGAAUACGGUAACAUUAACUACACAAAUGAACACUAGUUUACAUACUGAAUACUGUAACAUUAACUACACAAAUUAACACUAGUUUACAUACUGAAUACGGUAACAUUAACUACACAAAUUAACACUAGUUUACAUACUGAAUACGGUAACAUUAACUACACAAAUUAACACUAGUUUACAUACUGAAUACGGUAACAUUAACUACACAAAUGAACACUAGUUUACAUACUGAAUACGGUAACAUUAACUACACAAAUGAACACUAGUUUACAUACUGAAUACAAUAACAUUAACUACACAAAUUAACACUAGUUUACAUACUGAAUACGGUAACAUUAACUACACAAAUUAACACUAGUUUACAUACUGAAUACGGUAACAUUAACUACACAAAUUAACACUAGUUUACAUACUGAAUACGAACUAACAUUAA